CACCAUCAUUGGAUGCGAAUCUACCACUGGAUUUAAUGGUAUCACCAUCAAUGAAUCCGAACUCUACACCAGAUUAUGACUUCUCCAAUUAUCCUCAGUUCAGUGCUCCUUGUCAAGUUACUUAUACUCCCACUCCUCCCGGCGGUCACUUGGUUUUGUCUUACAACAGCCGUAAUGAUGCUUUGUAUGCAUGCGGAGCCUCUGCUCUGCGCCAAAAUUGGACUUCAUUGCUACAAUCUCGAAAAUGGGACUAACUUUGAACGUUCGCGUUCGGCUGUGCCUGAAGUAGCCGGCACACCGGAAUGUUGACAUUACGAGCAUGGGAUCUAGCUAGAGGUUGCUUUUGCAAGUUUGAAACAAAAGUUUGGUAUCCCACUCAGAAAAAAGAUUGCUUCCAUGUUAUCACAUCCCGCUGCAGAACCUUGCCCCCACUUCCUCCAGAAAAGGAGGAAAAGGAAGAAAGUGGAUUUGACAUACUUUCCUUGGAUGAACUAUUCAAAGGCAACAUGCCCGAUUGGUUGCCUGGUGACAGUAAGCUGCAUUACUACGAGAUGAAAGAAUCAGAGGUGGAACAAGCCAAAGAAUGGCUUCUUCUUUACGCUGAACUAGCCUGGUACACCAAGAAGCAGACGGACCCGUUCAUGUUUGAGUAUGGAAAGCCACUUGAGCUGCGAAAGAUAACUGUUCAAACCAAAGAAGUUGUCGACUCAAUGAAAAACGUAAAGUUGGAUAAUGCAGUUUUCUAUAUUAGCUUCCGGACAAGGUGCGGUGUUGUCUGCAAAGGUGUCAUAAGGAGAACAAGGGAUGGGAGGCCCGAGCAUUUAUCCGUUGAAGCCAAGUGUUUCAUGUGAUGUGUGAGCGGCUGAGAGUAAUCAAGUAACGUAUGUGUUCUAUCUAGCAAGUAUUUAUAGUUAAUUUAACGCCUUGUCCAAUAUUCAUCGUACUUGUUUCUAAUAAAGACAUGAUAAGCUUUUGUUGCCUUUAUUUUUAUCCCUAAAAAUUCUGUGUCAUGGUGUCUUUUAGACUUGUAUCAUAUUUUAUACGAUCAUAUGGUCGAGCUAUCACUCUUUCGUUGUGUUUUUUUUUUCGAUUCUCAGUUAACCUUGUUUUCUUGGUUUGAUGGAAGACGAUCUCUCACCACUCUCUCCUUUUCCUUUGUUUGUUUAAUUGUAUGAACACUAGUGGUUGAAUCAACUUUGUAUCCUGGGUUGAAAAUCGUCUUGCAAGUCUUACAAAUUUAAUCCAUCAAAAAAUAUUUUUUUAAUAUAUCUAUAUAUAUAUAUAUAAAUAUAAAAAUGUUUGCUUAUCUCCUAUGAUGCCACCUAAGAUGCCACGUCAGAAACUCAUGCGUUCUGGAGCUGACACGUGUUCAGAUAAGUAAAACUUUGCGUUUCAUUUAAUCGAGUUAUGUUUCGUUUGUUCACAUGUUAAUGGGCUUCUAAACAUUUAAUUGGCUCAAUGGAGAGAGGUUGUCUUUUCCGAUGGCGUGACCAAAAAUUAAGGCUCGUGUCCUCUUCGAUUUACACCAGCUAUGGAGGAGAUAUGAUGAAUUGAGUGAAUCAAAUCGACGUGAAAAACCUCCGUGCCAAGCUUUAAUUGCGUCUUUUUGUCUUCUAUUGUAAUCUUUCGAAUCGUUACGUAACAACCUUCAUAAAUGCUUCCAUGAUUUCUCAUUCAUUGUAUCAUGCUUUAUCCCUUUUUCCUAGCAAUGAAUCUCCACCCAUAAAAAGGUAAAGUUUCAUCUCUUGAAAAUCAUCCUCACAAAACCAAUAGCAUUCGAUAUUUUCUUAUUAUAAUAGUUAACUCCUCUCUUCGACUUGAUGAUCUGAAUUAUGGGUUGUUCUUCCACCUUAGAAGUGAGGUUGCUCAGUUUAUGGGAAAUUGAAAUGCUUUUUAUUGAUUCUAAGAUAUUUUGUUUUUAAAACAUAUCUUAGUAUUGAAAUAAUUUAUCUUUACGAAGAAGGUUGUAUAAUCUCAUAAAAGAAAUUAAAAAAAUGUAUCCUAAUGAGAGACUCUUUGAUAACAACAAAGUGUCUUUACGAGGUCAAAAUAGAAGGACAUACAUAUCCCUCAGUUAUGUCAUCGAGUUUACCUUCUCGCAGAUAUGGCUUCUCAAUGACUUAUUCAAAAAGUAUCUUAAAAUUUUAGUUGGCAGGUACACUCAGUUAACCCCUGAAAGCAUAAAACACAUCCAGAAAAAUUCAGUUAUCUAUAUGACAUUCAAGCACAUAACAGAACAGACUGACUACUUUACAGACAGGAAAACAGUAAAGUAAAACCCAUCAUCAAGUUAAGAAAAGAUGCAGAACACCAAUUCAUCAAACUAGAAACAAGACACAACAAUAGCAAGACUAUACAUUACAACAAUCUAAACGACACACACCAGUAGCAAGAC